AUGCCCAGCUCGGUUCUGGAGAGGGGGGUGAGCCAGCUCCAGGAACUCCAUGCGCGCCAUGGCACUCCAGUGUGGAAGGCCCAUUUCCUGCAGCCCAGAGUCUCCCAGGUCCCUGCAAACGGCAGCACCAAAGAAGCCAAGCCGAAGCGCAAGGCCAGGCCGAUGCGCUCCAAGGCCCGGCGCAUGGCUGCCAAUGUCCGGGAGCGCAAGAGGAUCCUGGACUACAACCAAGCCUUCAACGCCCUCCGGCUGGCCCUCAGGCACGACCUGGGGGGCAAGCGGCUCUCCAAGAUUGCCACCUUGCGCAGGGCCAUCAACCGGAUCGCCUCCCUCUCCAUGUCUCUGCGGUCUGUCUCUCGGUGGCCCUGCGCUCACGCGGAAUGCCACAGGCCCUCAGGCCAGGGAAGCGUCAAAGGCAGCCUCGCCCCUUUCAGCCUCUUUCCGCUGCCUCAGGAGGCCGACAGUGCUGACCUGCCAUCCUUUCAGUCAUGUCCCACAUCUCCGGCACGUGGCAAGCCCUUUCCUGACUCUUCUCUCCAGCCCUUCUAUGGAAGUCCGAAGGAGGGCGACUACGUCCCGAGCCCUGCAUAUCGCUCUAGUGGCCGUUGUCAUCUCGGGAACCAUGCCGUCUGCCAGCCAAGACAUGUGGACCAUGGCCGAAGUUGCCCUUCGGAACCUUUUCCCUGGGAAUAGGGAUUUUUCUCCUCUCCACCCACGGCCUGA